AAUGGGAAGUAAAAUUCAAGAAAUUCUGGGUGUUUUGGUCUUUUCCACCUUUUCUGGACUUUGGGGGGUAGUUUAGGUAUUUCCAUUUCAGUUUGGGGUAGUUAAGUAAUGUUAUUCUUUCAGUCAAAUUCAUGGAUACUAGGUUGCGAGGAUGUGGUAUUUUAGUUAGCUUGUUCAACAAGUCUCAUUGGGCUUUGAUUGCAUUUCUUCGGAAUGCAUUACAUUUAAGAUAGUGGUUAUUAGCUGGUUGGUAAAUGUAAAUGCAUUGGAAUGGAGCUAUGGCUGCAAUUCUCUACAAAUUCUGAAUGGAAAGAUUUGGAAGGGUGCUUUUGGUGUCUAAAAUGGUUCUGUUGUGCUGGAACUAUUCUCCACACAACCCUAGUUGGGGCUUAAGAUUGGUUUUUACCGAAGAUUUUUGGCAUUUCCUUCCAAUUGCAACUGCUGAUAGCAUUUCCCUUGAUUUUGGUUCGUUCUCCGUUUUCCUUCUCCAUUUGGAGAGGAGAUUAGAGAGGGGCGAGGACGUGGGCAGCGGCUAAUAUUGAGCUUAUGGAAGAGCAGAAGUCACUAAAACUGGCUUUAGAUGAAAAUCUUGAGUUGAAAGCUCACAUGGAAGAUGUCUUGUUGACAAAAAAUUUCAUUGAGGAGUUUAUGGAGAAAGCUAGAAAUGGCACAAACUGUUGCUGAAGAAAAUGAAGCAAUUGCUACAGAAGCUCGACAGAUAGCUGAGGCAAGAAAGAACUAUGUUGAAGAGGAGGAGGAGGAGGUGAAGCUAUUAGAGAAGUCUGUGGAAGAGCUAGAAUAUACCGUAAAUGUAUUGGAAAACAAGGUGGAGAUUGUCAAAGGAGAGGCUGAAAGGCAACGGUUGCAGAGAGAGGAGCUAGAAGGGGACCUUACUGAAACAGUUCAUGUGCUGAUUGUUGAUAUUGUGCAAGGAUAUAAUUAGUUUUGAAAACGUUAAAU